ACUUCGAAAGAAAGUUUAUUAGUAUUCUAGAAGGUACCUGCGGCUAAUAUUGAAAAGCACAGUGUUUUUAUCAAGUAUGCUUUCAUGGUAACUCUGCAAAUCAGAAGUGAAGAUCGCGAGAACGAAUCCGGUAGUUCAAUUCGAAGAUUAUCUGCAGGAAUUGAAGAAGACAUUGACCAGGAAUACGAUAAACCGUUUGAAAAUAUGCUUCGUCUGAAUAUGGGAGACGCCCAAUCCGUUGGCCAACCACCAAUAAAUUUUUUGCGCCAAGUGAUGACGUUGGUAGCAUAUCCUGAGCUGAUACAUAAAGGAAUAUUUCCAGAGGAUGCAAAUAUACGGGCCGAAAAUAUUCUGAAAAAUUGCGCAGGAGGAUCAGUUGGUUCGUAUUCUGAAGUUUGUGGAAUAAAAAUUAUAAGAAGGCAGAUAGCAAAGUUUAUAGAAGAAAUAGAUGGUGUGGAGAGCCAGUGGGAAAAUUGUUAUAUCGGGCAAGGAGCUGGAGAUAUGAUGAAAAUAUUUUUAGCUGUAAUCAAAUUUAAUGAAAACGGACUUAAGGCAGGUGUUUUGACUCCAGUUCCGGGAUGCACUUCUUAUUCGAUGAUAAUAGAAGGACUAGACUUGCAAAAAAUUGAUUACUACCUAGAUGAAGAUAACGAGUGGAGUAUUAACAUAAACGAACUGCAGAGAGCUGUUGAUGAUGCGAAAACUGUAUGCAAUCCAAGAGCGAUAGUUUUAAUAAAUCCAGGAAAUCCUACUGGUCAUAUCCUAACUGUAGAAAACAUGGAAGCAAUUGUCAAUUUCGCUUUUAAAGAGAACCUCAUCAUUAUUGCGGAUGAAGUUUAUAGGACCAAUAUAUUGAAAGCGAAUUGUAAUUUUAUUCCAUUCCGAAGGAUAUUGAAGGAAAUGGACAAGCCCUAUAGCAAAAUGGAACUAGUAACUCUCAUGUCUAUGUCUGACGGAAUUUAUGCAGAGAAUGGUAGCAGAUGUGGCUUUUGCGAAAUUAUAAAUCUUGAUCCUGAAAUCCCACCUAUGAUUUAUAGAUUACUGAGUAUUUCGCCACCAGCAUGUAACAUAGCCCAAGCAGCCCUAUAUUGCCUAGUGAAUCCACCUAAACCUGAUGAACCAAGUUACGAGGAAUAUCAUAAUGAAAUUUUUCGCAUCACAGAUGGUUUCAAGGCAAGUGCUUCGCUGGUGGAGAAAACAAUAAAAAAUUUGGAAGGAAUAAAAUGUAACCCGUUGGAAGGUGGAAUUUUCUUUUAUCCACGUUUGAGUUUACCAGAAAAUGCAGUGGAGAAAGCCAAGCAGUUGGGUUUGUUGCCAGACGAAUUUUACGUUUCGCAAUUACUACAAGAUACAGGAAUUUGUGUGGUACCAGGUUACGAACUAGGACAAAAACAAGGGACUUAUCAUAUGCGUAUGACACUGAUUUCUGACCCAGAAAGAGAGCGAAUUAUUAUGCAGAGGUUCAAGACGUUCCAUAUGGAGUUUAUGAAGAAAUAUACAGGUUUCGUGAAAACGUGACAAGAUCCUUAAUAUGAAUGUCGGCAAAUAUCGUCAAACUCAGAGAAUUAUAUUAAUAUUCUCAUUAGAAUGAUUGAUAGA